CGAGGCUUUCACUCCGAACACACACUUGAGCUGAUGAUCGUUUUUGGAGCGUUCAUGGUGUGUUCCUCAGGUGGAAUAUUGAUAUAAACGUUGUUUUCAUACGUUUUGAGCUCACUGAGGAUAAAAAAAUUGAGGCAUGUUCAUGUCUUCUUCCUACAAUCUUCAAAAACAUGAACGAGACAGCUUCGAUGUUCCACGGAUAUCUGUUUCGCAGCUUCCUCCGUUGCAAUCUUCAAGACCCUCAGGUGAAACAGAGUCUCCUGCUCGUGGAACAUGGGACAAGAGUAUCCAAAGUCUUCUGCUUUGUCUCUCGAUGUCUGUUGGUCUUGGGAACAUCUGGAGGUUUCCCAAUAUUGCCUACAACAAUGGUGGAGGUGCCUUUCUCAUUCCAUAUUUGCUGCUGUUGUUCAUAAUUGGCCGACCCCUUUACUAUCUGGAGCUUAUUUUAGGACAGUUCUGCAGUCAGGGGCCCAUCAAGAUGUGGAGAAUGGUGCCGGCUCUCAAGGGUGUAGGAUACGCACAAGUUGUUUCGGUGUCAUACAUCAUCGUUUUUUAUAAUUACCUUAUGGCCCUUAGCUUAUUCUACAUCUUUGCAUCAUGGAGCGAAUGUUUACCAUGGACUCUCUGCGACUCCUCUUCUGACAACAGGACAACCGAAUUAGAGGGCAAUUUUAGCUCAAAGAUGAUUCCACAAUCUGAGCUCUUUUGGACAAGGGAAGUACUUCAGCAGACUGGACCAGACGAUGCCUUGUCCAUUAGCUGGAAAUUAGCUCUCUGCCUCUUGCUGACUUGGAUAAUUGUUUACCUCGCAGUUAUACAAGGAACCAGUUCACUUGGGAAGAUGUCCUAUUUCACAGCCAUCUUCCCCUUCUUCGGUCUGACCAGUCUCUUGAUCGUCGCCUGUUUCGAAGAAGGAGCUUGGCAAGGAAUCCAGUUCUUCUUCCAGCCCGACCUUGAGAAGCUGAAAGAUAUACAAGUAUGGUACAAAGCAUGUGAGCAGUCUUUCUUUUCUUUAACUAUUGCGUAUGGCAACAUUGUGAUGAUUGCCAGCUACAACAAAUUCCGGAACAAUGUGUAUCGAGAUGCUAUCAUCAUCAGUGUAUUAGAUACGGUAGUCAACCUAAUGGCUGGAUGUGUCAGUUUUGCUGUCCUUGGAUCUCUUGCUUACAAAUAUGAAAAAGACAUACGCCAAGUUGUGGACCAUCAAGGCCUAGGGCUUGCUUUUGUUGUUUACCCCGAAGCGCUUGCAGCCAUCCAGUACGUGCCACAGCUCUGGUCUGUGGUUUUCUUCUUCAUGCUUUUUGUCCUCGGCAUUGGUAGUUCGAUGUCCAUGAUUGAGACCUUGCUAACAGUAUUGAAAGACAAGUUCCCUGUACUUCGGAAAAGGAAAUGGCUACUUGCUCUUGGAAUCUGUGCAAUGUUCUUCGCACUUGGAUUGCCUCUUACCACAAAUAUUGGUCAGCUGAUACUGGUGCUCCUGAACAAUUACGGAGCUGGCGUUGCUGUCUUUUUCUACGCAGUUCUGGAAGUGAUCGCUGUUUCAUGGAUAUAUGGCUUGAAGAAUUUCUGUCGGGAUGUGGAGUUUAUGCUAGAAAGGCCUCCAGGAAUUUUUUGGAAGUUCACGUGGGCAGUGACAGCUCCCUUGGCCCUCACAGUAAUAUUUAUUUUCGGAGUGGCGAAAGAACAAUCUUCUGGGGAUUCAGCAGUUCCUCAAUGGGCAACUGCAAUUGGUUGGUUUCUAGCAGCAUUCGCUUUGAUCCAAAUACCACUUUGGAUCAUUGUUACAGUUUGGAAGGACCCUAGCGAAGGAAUUAGACAGAAGAUUGCCAAUGCUUUUCGUCCUGCUGAGAACUGGGGUCCAGCAGAUCCUUUUCAUAAUGCAGCAUGGAGAACGCUGAAGAAACCUGCACUAGAUGGCGCUGCCUACGAAAACAAGAAUUUUCGCGAAGAUGUAUUUUGAUCAACGUAAUCAAUACCAUUCAAAAUUCAACUGUGCAUUUUACGAGCAAAGCUGAGAUCAAAAUUGUGAAAUCUUUGAUGCUGUAACACUCAUGACUUGCAUUUCAUUUGGAUACCAUCAGCAGUACAAGUCGGUAUGUGCUGUCCAUACUGGUUUCUCCUACUCGUUUCGCACAGUACUGCGUCCAGAUUCCGUCCUUUUUCAUGUAAGACAUUUGACACAACUCAUACACAGUUGCAGUACACUUCUAAAGCAAUGACUCACUGUUUGGUUUUCACCAUUGGGCCGAAAUGUUUAGCGUCAAUUUGGGUAAAAGAAAAUAGAGUUUCAUUGCUUCUUCAACUUUUGUGGUCCUUCCCUUUCACUAUGAAACAAUUUUAAAACGUUCCUGGAAAACAGCCUGCUAAUGUGCUUAACCAGUACUUACUACCAGUACUUACCAGACUUAUACCAGAUUCUGUUAGUGUGUGUAACUUAUUCUCAAAUGUUUUAUUAAUUUCUGUAUCUUUCCGAGUCUGGAAAGUACCAGCACUUUCUUAAAUUGUAUAUAAGCAGAUGUAGCGUUCAUUCAUGGUUCUGAAUAAUGAU